UCUCACAGACGGAUGUGGAGCAAGGGAAUCAAGUGAAAUCUCUGGUCCAACUUGAGAUAAAAUGCAGUUUAGAAACCCAUUUUACCCUCCAGGUUUGUCGCUUAAUCUUCUUUCAAAGGAAAUAGACAUUCACCACAUUUUUUGUGGUUUUUUUGUUGUUGUAUAAUCUGAAUUUAGAACAUCUUAAGAAGAUCUGUUUAGAGACAUGUUGAAGCUAAGGUUGCCUGGUCUGAGUCGUGGAGUUUGUGCGAAUUUCCGAAUACCCAAUCCAUGUUGUUAUUCAAACUCAGUAUCAUCCUCCAUUGAUGUAAAACCCAAGGUUCCACUCUAUCUAAGGCCACCUUCCUUCUCUGCCUCUCUUUCAGAGCUGAGCAUGUGGCAUAAAUGGGCAAAAAAUCUGGCAUCCUCAGUUGGCUCCACUUUUGUUAACUUAGACAACGGCCCAGAUUCCACACUCCUCCAUAGAGAGCUCAACUGGCUUCUACAAGACUUAAUUGAACUCCAACAUCAUUCAGAAAUACUACCUCGAUUGGAAUCGAGUAACAAUGAGAAUCUAGAUGUAAGGGUUGCGUUAAGAGCGCCACUGGAGGAGAUAUAUUGUGUUUGGAGGCAGAGGAUUGAAGAGAGGAGACCUUUUCAGUAUGUGGUAGGGUGUGAGCACUGGAGGGAUUUGGUUUUGAGUGUGCAAGAAGGGGUUCUUAUUCCCCGGCCGGAGACUGAAAUGAUUAUUGAAUUGGUUGAAGAUGUGGCUUUGAAUAAUUCCCCGGAAUUGGCACAAGGUUUCUGGGCCGAUUUGGGGACAGGCAGCGGCGCAAUUGCGAUUGCGGCUGCAAGGGCCUUAAGAAGUCAUGUCAAUGGCGAUGCUGGUUGCAGAGUCAUCGCCACUGAUUUAAGUCCGGUGGCAGUUGCGGUGGCCACUUCUAAUGUGCAAAGAUAUGGUCUACAGGAUGUGGUUGAGGUGCGGAAAGGAUCUUGGUUUGAGCCAUUGAAAGAUGUUAAAGGUGAACUUAGUGGUGUUUUGAGUAACCCACCAUACAUACCGAGUGACGAUAUAUCUGGCCUACAAGCUGAAGUUGGUAGACAUGAACCGACACUUGCAUUAGAUGGUGGUGCUAGUGGAAUCAAUGAUCUUCUUCAGCUCAUUGAUGGGGUUGCUUCCAUGUUGAAACCUGGAGGAUUUUUUGCUUUCGAGACAAAUGGAGGGAAGCAGUGCAAGUUUCUUGUGGACUACAUUCAAAAUGAGAAGCCAGGCAGGUUUCGCGAUAUUAAUAUAGUAUCUGAUUUUGCUGGUAUCCAACGUUUUGUGAUGGGAUUUCGUUUAUGAAUUGAAUGAUUGGUAAAUACCCCUGUUUAAUAGUAUUAAAGAACUGGAAACAAGGAAAGGGUCUGUGUUCAGUGUUCACAGUAGCUUAAUACAUUUUUUUUAUUGAAGUAUUCAUUAGAUAUUUUCCAACUAUGGUUUUAUUCCAUUUGUUGUUUGAUGAUAAUGUGCAUUUAUAUGAAAUUGAUAUCUUUUGAGUUCUAAUAUUGUGAAAGUGUUAUUGCCGGAUGGUAGACUGUGUUAGAUUUGUUUUGCA